AUGGCUGAAAGCAAGGAAAAUCGUGAAGAGGUUCUCACAUGUCCGAUAUGUGUAGAAACAUUCCGGAGACCAGUAACGUUACCUUGUCAGCACAGUUUUUGCAGGGAGUGUAUUGGUGUGUAUGCUGACAAGUCUAAACCUGGACAGGCAGAUGGGGUCUCCUGUAGCACGGGGAGUGAGGGUGUUCACCAGCUGAUCUCAUGCCCUGUAUGUCGGACACCAACCAGUCUGGGGAGAGAAGGUGUGGCUGGUCUGCCUCUCAACUUUCAUCUGACAGAAAUAGUGGAGAGGUUCUCUUCUGCUCUGGAGGCUGAGGAUGACAUCCCUUAUUGUUCUCUGUGUGAGGAUGAUAAUCAGGCUAAAGCUGUCAAGUUUUGUACCGACUGUUGUUUUCUGUAUUGUAAAGACUGUCUGGUUUCUUGUCAUCCCAUGAGGGGGGCUAUGAAACGUCACCGGCUGAUUUCGUCCGUGGAGUACCUCUCACAGGAAACCUCACAGCGACAGACCAGCAGCAGGGAUGAACAGUCAAGUCAGCAAGCGUCAUGUGCGAGACAUGGUCAGCCAUUUGGCUUGUACUGUAUCCCAUGCCGGAUGCCAGCUUUUUUGAACAAGACUAGUGAACUUGAGAAAGUGCUACAAGAAACUAAAGAAUCACUGUCAGGAGUUACAAGGCUGUACAAUAAGAUACAGUGGAGUGUGGAGUGUAGUGCUAUACUCAAACAUUUCCAGCUACAGGCGCAGGAAAUGGAGAGGAUGGUACAGGCUUCCAAGGAUUUAUUGGCGUCAAUGGACGUCGAGUUUUUACAGGGAUCCACGGACUUCACCAAAACAAUUGAUGACCAGCUGAAUGAGAUAAGAGCAGACCUGGUGAAACAUGAGGUCAGCAGAAAGAAGCUUCUAGAUUCUAUACAACAUGACCAAGUUGUUCCUAGACAGGUGACUGUAAAAGAGACAGUGCAAGAACGUCAGGAUUUAGAAGCAGCAGUCGGUGGACCAGUGUCACCCCUGCGUGUUACAAGAGGAGUGGAGGGCCAUUCCCCAGGAGAGAAUCCGGCGUCUUAUCCGUUCUUGUCCAAGGAGAUGCUGUGCAGUGAUUGCACCUCGUGGUGGUCAUACGAGAUACUGAGGAAGACGCCCCCUGAGCCGACGCUGAGAUUCACAGAGACAGACGACAGAAAGCUGAGAAUCACUGAGAGCGGCUCAGUGGUAAAGGCUGGGGACUUGUCCGCGGGGUGGGGUGGGAGAGCUGUGACAGACGGGCGUUACCAGACGGGCAGGUACUACUGGGAGGUACACAUCACCUGUUCACAUGCCUGUUACUGUCGUGUAGGAGUGACACAGGAGAGCUGUGGUGUGAGGAGGAGGACAGACCCUGGCCGUAACUCCUGGUACAUUUGGAUGGCGUACCGUGGUGAUGAGGUCAGGUGUUAUAGUCACAGUGGUGGUGAGAUCAAACCUGACUAUCUACAGUACAGACGUUACACUCGACCUCAUCACCUGGGUGUGUACCUGGACUGUGAUGAGCACACACUGACAGUCCUGGACUGUGACAACAACCAGGUAAUGUACACUGUCAGUGAUGUUAUCGUCACAGAGCCUCUCGUGCCAUGGGUUGUGUUUGGUGUCGGAUCUGGAUCUGUGUCUGCUCGUCUGGUAACGGGUGACUCUGCAACUCUGCCUCAAGUUCUCUGUGAUAUGAUAAGCACCUCCUGA